AUGCCGUCUCCCUCAGCAGUCGUCCCUGGGGUUGGCAUCCAGGCCUUGAUUCUGUGCGGGCCUGGUGUUUCUCUGAAUACCUUCACAGCCAAUGAAGAAUUCCUCAAGGCAUUGAUUCCCUUGGCCAACCGGCCGCUGAUCUAUUUUCAACUAUCAUGGUUGAAGAAAUCAGGAAUCACGGACAUCACUUUGAUCACGCCUCCUUCAACCGUCGCUCCUCUCCAGGCCGCACUACAACAAAACCCCCACCUGACCUCUCUACCCUCGCCGUCACCAUCUGUCCUUGCGCCGAAAGGUCUCGACCUAAAUAUGGGAACGGCAGAGUUGCUACGUUUGCCUGAAGUUCAAGCCUGCAUCAAGACCGACUUCCUUCUCCUUCCUUGCGACUUGGUCUGCGAAAUUCCCGGCGAAUCGCUUCUUGAGGCUUGGAUGGUCUCCCAAAGUGCGCUGGGUGGUUCUUCUACUGUCUCCGAAGGACGUAAUGCUCACGGCCCGACCUCUUCUGGGCCUGGCGGUGAGCAGGGAGGUCGUCGCGGUGGUCUCAGCGUAUACUAUCAAACACAGGGGAGGGAGGAAAGCGUUAAGGGCGAAGGCACUGAUUUUGUGGCCAUCGCACCCCUUGGUGAGGACGAGGCGCCUGCUGUGUCGCAUGCCGUUGACGGUCCUGCGGCGCUGAGACACAAUUUGUCCAAGGUGGUGCUGUCUAUGCCUAUGGCAACCGUAAAGGGAAAAAUGGAAGGCGAUAAGGGCCUGCUUCUUAGGCAUUCCCUUACAGAUAAGCACCCUCGCGUCAAGAUGCUUAGCACUUUCAGGGAUGCACACCUUUAUAUCUUCCCAUACUGGGUUAAGGAGCUGGCCCUGCGUCAGGAAAGGUUCCAGUCAGUCAGCGAAGAUUUGGUCGGCUUCUGGGCCAAGGCGGAAUGGCAGCAGGGGCUGGGCGAAAAGUUGGGUAUGGACGAGAUCUUCCACCGGGAGUACGACCAUCACGCCGAGAGCGGAAGUCAUGACGGUGAAUCCAUCGAGGAAGAAAUCGAUUUGCUUGCCAUGUCCACCACGAAGUCAAGGUUGAACGUCAACGUGGCUAGCUCUGACCCUAUCUCUUUUGCAAGCAGAGUCAAGAUCUCGGAUGCCACUGAGAAGCCAGGGCUGAAGAUCCCCCCUCUGUUGGCUUAUGUGCAGCGCGGAUCAGCUCCGUUUGUCCGGCGCGUCGACAGUUCGGCUAUCCUGCUGUCCACCUCCCUCCGGCUGGCAAAGCUCGAAUCCAUUGAAGAAGCUGGUGCGGCCGCUUCGCCCUUCGCCCACCCUCAGAAGAUUGCCCACCCGGAGGGCAUCGCUCAGCGAUGCACCAUUACGAAGUCGGACUGUCUGAUUGGUCAGAAUACCACCGUCGAGUCCAAGUGCGUUAUCAAGGAAAGUGUGAUUGGAGCGAACGUGAAGAUCUGUUCCGGCGCACGAUUGCAAAGGUGCUUGAUUAUGGAUGGCGCUACUGUGAACAGCUCUUGCACGCUUACAGGAUGCAUCAUCGGUCGUAGAGCAGUGAUUGGCAAAGACUCGGUUCUCAAGGACAGCGAAGUUGGAGAUGGAUAUCUUGUUGAGGACGAGACAGAUGCCAAAAAUGAGAAAUUCAUGAUCUUUGAGGGUCUGGAGGAUGACGAAGAUAUGGAUGGCUCGGAGGAUUUUGAUUCGGAGGACGAAUGA